CCCCAUCUUUUUCCAGCAUUUAAACUCUAUCCCAAAUCCCAUCCUGCUGUCUGCCGUUUCCGUCCAUGUCCCGUUAUCUCAUUUACGGAGUAAUUCUUUUUUGUUUGAUGUGUUAUUUCGCAAUGUUUUCCCUAUCUUCAGCGCUGCACCCCUGCCUUCCCGUCACAUACUCACUUUGCAUCGCACCAGAGAGACGCCAGAACACCGGCCGGCCACCAUCGCUGACAAAGUUCCCGAUGGUUUUGUUCCCCUUCGUCAAUCAAAAAGGUAUUAGUCUCAAAUCCAUUUGUUGAUCUUCACUUUUGGUAUUCAAUUUCCAACCCUAAUUAGGAUAUAGCAUAUUCUUUCUUAAAUUUUGGUUUGGAACAAUAGGUGGAUGUUAAUCCACUAUCUAUGCCUUUACAAAAUCAGCAAGGGGGUGUUUUUGUAUGGAUAUGUGAACCACAUUUAUUCCCUUGGAUAGAAGGUGUAGUUUGAGGUUGGAAUUCAGCAUCAUUAUCUUUGGAAAAGUCAGCCCUAGAAACUUCAAGUUCAGCCUCUAGUUCAGGUUCUUUUUCAAUCUCAACCCUUAAGGGUUCACUUUUUCCAAGAAAAUCAGAUUCCUUUAACAUUUCAGCUCCUAAUGCCUCACUUUUUUCAUUAAAUUCAGCUUCUAACUCAGAAUUUCUCUCAAAAUCAGCCUCAAAAGUUUUAAAAUCAAGCAUUAGAGUUUGAGUUUUGUCACAGUCAGAUUCUAUUUCAUAAUCAGCUCUUAAAGUUUGACUUCUCUUGAGAGAAUCAAGUUUAAAAUCAGAUUUGACCUCAAGAUUUGUUCUUACAGUUUUAGUCUGGCGAGAAUUCAUUUUUAGAGUCAAAAGCACAUUCAAAAUAUUCCCAUCCAUAAACACUUUCAAACUCAAAGUCUUGUUUGAGUUCAACUUCAUCAUGAAGAGGGAAUUGUACACAAGCAAAGGUUUGACUGUGAGGCUCCUUUUGAAACAUAUUUGCAAACUGAUUUAGAGACUGAAAUUCAUUUUGUAAAUCAUUCAGGGCUUUUUCAGAAUUCAUUUGCCUUUGAAAAAGUUCAUUUAUACCUCUGUCAGAGUUGGACAGUUUGGAAUCCAUUCUGUCAAAUUUUCCCAACAUAUUUUCAAAAAUUUGAUUCAGUUUACCACUAGAAAAGGGUUUGUUUUCACAGUAAUCAGAUUGAAAUGGUUGAGAAUAGCAAUUACUCGUACAAUUUUUAUAAGCAUUUGAAGCACAAACUGAACUGAACCCAUAAAAACCAUUCACAUGUUGAGAAAAAUCAGAUUCCCUUGUCCAGCAUAUUUUCAAAAAUUUGAUUCAGUUUAUCACUAGAAAAGGGUUGGUUUUCACAGAAAUCAGAUUGAAAUGGUUGAGAAUAACAAUUACUCCUACCAUUUUUAUAAGCAUUUGAAGCACAAACUGAACUGAACCCAUAAAAACCAUUCACAUGUUGAGAAAAAUCAGAUUCCCUUGGCUGAUAAUUGUAAUUUGAAUAAGAAAAGGAGUGUUCAUUCAAAUUGGAUUCCUAAAUGUCAGAGUGAGCUUGUUGAGGAGGGGCAUAUUCAACAUUUUGAUAAAUAUUUGAAUGUUGGUUCAUGUUAGGAUUAGAGAAACCAGAAGUUUGAUCACAUAUACGAACACUCAAAUAAGAAUAAGCAAAGUGUUUGCAUUGUUGAGUGCUAUGUCCUUCCACUAAACAAAUUUCACACUUAAGCUCUUAUUUUUUCAUUUCAUCAAAAUAAUCACAGAUUUGAAAUAUCCUACACACUUCCAGUGCUCUUUCUUGAUCAGAUUUGGAAAGGGCAGGGUAUUCAGCACAGGAUUCCAUAUUUAAGAAAACAGAUAGUACAAGUGAGGUCAAGAGAACAUACCUCAGUCCUCAGCUGCUCAACUUACUCCUCAAAUGUAUUUACUAGCCCAGAACUGAACCAAAACACGAUAACAGACUAUUCCAAGCACACAAGAGAAUCAAACAGAUAUGUUUCUUUUUGAAAAACCAAACAGUAGCUAAACAACAGAGAACAAGCACACAAACUUAUCAAACAUAAAACAAACUAAAACAACUUAAAAGAGUGCUAAGAAGAAACAAGUGACUCUCCCCGUUGUAUAUGAGUAAGGGGAUUCCCUACUUGCUUCAGGAGUUGGAGGUCUAUUUUCGUUUAUAUAAAAUGUUUUUUUAUUGUAAUUUAGUGCCAAUAAAUUUUCAAGGAAUUGAUGUAUAGAGUAUGCUACAGAAAUCAAUUUGCUUUUUGUGUUAAUCUCUUUGUGAUCUUGAAUGUAGUUUAGCAUUACUCUGUGUGGAAGGCAAUUAAUAGACUAAAAGUGACCAAAUUUCAAAACUGAAUUGCUUCAUGAAAUAGGCUAAACCUUUAUUCAGCUUAAUUACUGCUUUAUAGCAGAAGAGAAUAUCCGAAAAAGAAAAAGAAUAGGCAAUCGAUAAGAGUUAUUGAUUUCUUUGCCUAUUCUGACCCCCUCCUUACUAUGAGAUGGAUUAGUUGCUCUGGUGGUAUUUCCUUGUUCAUUAUGGCUGUGUGUGUGGUCUUAUUUGGAUGCUUUGUAUGGUUGCUGAUUCUUGUUAGUCUUUUUCAGAACAGAAGCCAUUACUCAGCUAGGGUUAUGGAGAAGUUAGGGUAUUAUGGGUGCAAUCUUCCCAAUUCUUGUAUGUUUUUGAUAUGUGCCAUGAACUACAAUCUUUACGUCAGUAUGAUCUUAGAGAAUAUCCAGGUUUUGCUUCAUUAGUACCAGUGCUGGACAAAUCUAAUUAUGUGUCCCAUCCAGGUUGCUGUGGUAAUAAGUUAGGCCUGCCUCUAAGUAGAAGCUGAGCAUACCUGAUUCUGUGUCCCAUCAAGGUUUUGCUUCAUAAUAUAUUUUCCUAACCUUGGUGGGUGUGAUUUUGAGUAGUCAGGUGCUGUUGGCCUACCUUAUUAGGUGCAUUCUGAGUUUCGUCCUACCCGUAUGGUGCAUUUGGGGUUUUUUUUAUUGUUGUUUGUUUUAUCCCAUGGCAUUUGGUCUUCUUGACCUGUUUGUGGCAUUUGGUCAUGUCCCUGGAGUAGUAUUUUCUUAUUUGUUUGAUCUUAUGUGGCAUUGGUCAUGCCAUAGCUUAGUUUAUAUGUGUUUGUAGUUCUGACCUGUUUGUGGCUUUGGUCAAGCCGUAUGAUAGGAUCCCCUUGUUCCUUUCUUUGUUUUCUUUGUACUCCCUGGUCGGUUUGUCUUUCCUAGGAGGGGUUGGAUUUUGGCUUUCCUUUGGCCAUCUCUCACCUUGUAGCUAUGUGGUAUCUUCAUAGGGUGGCAUAGAGUCGUCUUCUCUAUCACUUCUGUGUCAUAUAACAUCUGGAUGGAGCUCUUACACAUUCCCGUGCUACAAACGAGAUUUUCCCUCCUCUGGUUGGUCUGCAUAUUGAACUUUUUUGGGACAUUGCGCCUAAGUAUGUGCUGAGGAUAUAGAUUCGGCUUAGUUGUGCUAUUUGUCAUCAAACUUUUGGUUGGAAAUGCUGAUUCAAGGCUGAUUGAGGGUGAUCAUCAGGCUUAUACUGCCAAAAUGUUAUAUGCUUGAAGACAAAAUGACGACAAUAUGUCAUUACUACACAGACUUAUGGGUUUGAUUACAUGUAUCUAUGUUUUUCAUUAGGUUUUUGUUGAAUGUAUUGGACAAUUUUUGUAAUCUUUUUUUUGAGAGGCUUCGGUUGGGUCCUCUCCUAGUGUACUCUUACUUUUUAUUAGUAAUUUUUUUUCUUAAAAAGUGUGUGCAAGUACUUUACACUAGAGUUUUUAAAAUAAUGUUACUAUUUUUUU